CUCCUUAUUCCCAGCGCACCAUGGCAUCCUCCAAGGUUUCCAAAGUCUUUGCCGAGUACGACAGGAACGGAGACGGCACCAUCGACGCUCGCGAGAUCCAGGCAGCCCUAAAAUCACUGGACCUGAACCCGUCGCAGCGGUUUGUCGAGCGCGUGCAAAGCAAAGCUGACGCGAACGGUGAUGGGAAGGUGACGAAGGAGGAGUUCGGCCGAGUCGUCGCCAUCUUUGAAGAGAUCAAGGAACUCAGGAAAGUCUUUCAGGAAAAUGACCAGGACGCCAGUGGCGGCAUGUCAUUUGAGGAGAUGAAGAAGAAGGCCGUGACCUUCUACACCACCCACGGGGACAAGUACGGCGGGGGGCGGGCCAUGCAGGUCAUGAACCACUACGCUGGCGACAAGAGCAAGCAGAUGAGCGUGGACCAGUUCCUGGACAUCAUGUUCAAGGACUCGUUCUAGUCAGGGUCUCAGGCCGGAUGUCUCCGUGGAGGGGCUGGUGUAGGCUUCGUUGCAGACUUCC